CUCUUCCGCAAUGUCUAACAGCACAUCCGCCUUGAUUCUGGGAGCAACUGGCGCGACGGGAAAACACCUCCUGCGCUCGUUGUUGGCCUCCAACAUUUUCACGCGUGUCGGGGAAUACGGCCGCAGAGUCACCCCGGAGGAUCAAGUCGGGGACUACACGAAGAGUGGGAAGCUCGUGCAGAAGACGAUCGAUUUUGAGCAUGUUGCAGAUGCAGGCUUGAGUGAAGGGGAGUGGGAUGUCGUGUAUAUCACAUUGGCCACGUCUCGCGCGGCAGCGGGCAGUGCAGCCGCAUUUGAGAAGAUUGACAGAGAAUAUGUUCUCAGUGCUGCGCGUGCGGCCAAGUCGCAGAACCCAACCCGCAAGCAACGUCUUGUGUACUGCUCGAGCAUCGGCGCGGAUGCCUCCUCGUAUUUCCUGUACACUCGGAGCAAAGGUCUCACCGAGCAAGGACUCGCGAGUAUAGGCUUUGACGACGUGAUCAUCUUCCGGCCAGCUUUCCUCGCGCAAGCGGACAGGGAGGCUUUCAGGCCUGUUGAGUGGGCCUUCUCGGGCAUCUCGAGCGUCCUCGCGUGCUUCUCGUCGAUGAUUGAAAUUCCCGUGCGCACGCUAGGCCAGAGUAUGUGCAAGGCAGGCGAGCUCGGGUCGGCCGCGCUCCCGCCGGACGUUAAGACUCAAACCGUUCGCUUCCAGGACGCGGACGAUAAAGAGAGGACGUUCACGUUGCUAGACAACGUCGCGGCGCUGAAAUUAGCAGCGCACGCGGAGAGCACUUGACGCCGUACGGGAGAUUUCCCUUAAUAUUACUGUAUGUCCCUUAUAACUGGACGGGAGACUGUUUGGAAGUAUACGGGGUACUCUUUACCGC